GAGAAGACUGAUGUGGAGGGAACCUUAUUUGUUUAUACAAGGUCUGCCUCUCCAAAGCACGGAUUCACCAUUAUGAAUAGGCUCAGCAUGGAAAACAGAACAGAACCCAUUACUAAAGACCUGGACUUCCAGCUCCAGGACCCUUUCCUUCUCUACAGAAAUGCCACAUUCUUGUGUCUCAUCUGACACCUGUGUUUAACCAGAGAAAGACUAAUGAAGCUGUCAGCUUCAAGGGCAUCUUCACCAUAGGACCAUACUGCUUGAAAGGGCCUAUCUGACAGAAAAUGCUGUGUGGAGUUAGUGAGCACACAGGAAGCCUCAUUCACUGUCUCUAGUGUCCAUUUAUGGAAUUUGGUUUUAUGAUAAGGAAGAGUGCCAAAGAAUUGCAAAACUGAUGAAAAACCUCACUCAGUGCGAACAGUUGAAAGCCUGUCAUGGAUCUGGAGCAGAAUCCUCCCCAGGGACCCUGAGUUCAGGAGAGGGCAGAGAAGUAGAUAUCUUACAGAUGCUCACUAAGGCCAAAGAUGAGUACACUAAGUGUAAAACCUGUUCUGAGCCAAAACAGAUAACCAGUUCUUCCGCCAUUUGUGACAACCCUAAGCUUAUCAAACCUGUCCCGGUGAGACCCAGUAGUAGCCACAGGCUACAAGAACCCCCGCCCAACAAGACCUCGGACCCUGAGCCCCAACACUUAUCUUUGACAGCUCUAUUUGGGAAACAAGACAAAGCUCCAUGUCAUGAAACUCUGAAACCCUCUGGGACAUUCACCCACCACCAUCACCACCACCACCACCACCACCAACAGCAAGAGCAGCUUCCCAUUCAUCAAGGAGUUGCAUGCCCCCUGUCCUAUGACAAUCCCAGAAGGCUCUCACUCCCCGUGGAGAAGCAACUAUGUCCAGCCAUUCAGAAACUCAUGGUCGGGAGCACGGGGCUGCACCCGCUGCCACAGCACCCUCAACAGUGGCCCUGUGAAAGUGGCAGCCCCAGUCAUGCAAGGGGAGUUCUCCCUGGUCCUGUCCACCUGGGGUCACCCUGGAACGGUGGGACUGCACACUGUGCACAGAGCACUUGCAGAAGCCACAAGCUGCUAGAGCAACUUCAAGGUGCUUCUGGGGCAGCACAUAAGUUUAAGCCCUGUGCACCUGCCAGCCCAGCUGUGGCCACUCAGCUGGCUCCGUGCCAAAGCGUGGCUCACUCACAGCUGGUGUAUUUCAGUGGCCCCCUUCCUCCUCCCACACCAGGACAUCAGACUCUCAGGAAGGAGCAGUGUGCACUGCCAGCACAAGCGCUGUCCCUCUCCAGCCACCAGGAGAGCAGCCCCAGUGUGCUUCCUACUCAGGAGCUGUUGAGAAAGCUCCAGGUAGUACAUCAGGGGCAGCAGCUGCAGGCGGCCCCACGGCCAGCCUUAGCAGCCAGGUUCCCCGUGUCAGCCCAUGGCUCGGGGACAGAAAAGCCCUUGGAAGCCUGGGCCAACAAGACAGCCAGCAUGGAGAAACAAGCUCCUCUUCCUCAGUUCACCUGUGCCCCACUGAGGGAGACUGAUAAUGGGCUCAUGCCCCUAGGAGGCCAAGAACUUGCUGCUGCCUCCUCCAGCCUUCUUCUGCCCCUGCAGAACUGGGAAUCCUCCACCAUGGCCAGCAGGCCCCUCACCAGGCUGCAGCUCCAGGAAGCACUGCUGAACCUCAUCCAGAAUGAUGACAGCUUCUUAAGCAUAAUCUAUGAAGCCUAUCUCUUCAGUGUGACACAAGCAGCCAUGAGAAAAGCCACUUAACCAACUACGUGAGAACAAAGACUGAGAAUUGAUUUUCCAGGUCCUUCCUGUGAACUGUGUGACCAAACACAUUCCUGCCUUUUUAACAAAGUAUAAUAAUACAAAGUAAAGUGGUUUUGUACUGUCCAAUA